AUGGCUUCGUAUCAAUAUAACAACCAGCUCCUUGCUCCUUUCCUCGCCCUCCCUCAAGGCGAAAAGGUUCAGGCUGAAUACGUCUGGGUCGAUGGUGAUGGUGGUCUUCGUUCAAAGACUACCACCGUUAGCAAGAAGGUUACGGACAUUGGUCAACUCCGUAUUUGGGAUUUCGAUGGUUCUUCCACAAACCAAGCUCCGGGUCAUGACUCAGAUGUAUACCUUCGUCCCGCUGCGAUCUUCAAAGACCCUUUCCGUGGCGGUGACAACAUCCUAGUCCUCGCGGAAACCUAUAACAAUGAUGGCACCCCGAACAGGACCAAUUACCGUCACCAUGCUGCCAAGGUCAUGGAGCAGGCCAAGGAUGAGGUGCCCUGGUUCGGUCUUGAACAGGAGUACACUCUUUUUGACGCAGACGGCUCUCCCUACGGUUGGCCCAAGGGUGGUUUCCCCGGCCCACAAGGUCCUUACUACUGUGGUGCUGGAACCGGCAAAGUCUUCGCCCGUGAUCUCAUCGAAGCCCAUUAUCGCGCUUGUCUCUACUCCGGCAUCAACAUCAGCGGAAUCAAUGCCGAGGUUAUGCCGUCUCAGUGGGAAUUCCAAGUUGGCCCCUGUGAAGGCAUUUCCAUGGGUGACCACCUCUGGAUGGCUCGCUAUCUCCUCACCCGCAUUGCUGAGCAGUGGGGCGUCAAGGUUUCCUUCCACCCCAAACCUCUCCAGGGCGAUUGGAACGGUGCUGGUUGCCACACAAACUACAGCACAAAGUCAAUGCGUGAGCCCGGAGGCAUGAAGGCAAUCGAAGCCGCUAUUGAGAAGCUGAGCAAACGACACGACGAACACAUUGCUGUCUACGGAGAGGACAAUGAUUUGCGCCUGACAGGUCGUCACGAGACAGGUCAUAUUGGCGCAUUUAGCUCGGGCGUUGCCAAUCGUGGUGCCUCAAUUCGCGUGCCACGACACGUCGCAGCCCAAGGGUACGGUUAUCUGGAAGACAGACGCCCAGCUUCCAACAUUGACCCUUACCGUGUCACGAGCAUCAUGGUGGAGACGACCCUCCUUGACGCUUGA